CAUGCGGCACUCAUGAGCGGGGCGGGUCCUAGCGGAGACGCUAGCUACAGCAUGCAGAGCUAGACUUGAGGAAAGACCUACUGAAGAUGAGUAGCUCGCUGGGCAGGCUCCUGUCCAGCAUCGUGGACCCGGUGAUGGAUGCGUCACUAGUGGACAACACGACACGGCUCCUGGACGUCCUGAACGGCCUGAGCCCAGAGAGACUACACAAGGUACUGACGAGGACGGACGAGCGCGGAUUCACGCCGCUGCACCUCGCUGCCGAGAGGAACCAGCCGGAAUCCCUCAAGUGUCUCCUCAUCAAGGAUGCAAACCCCAACAUUCGCUCCACCCUGACUACAAGUGAAGUCACUCCACUGCACCUUGCUGCUAGACAUGGCCACUUGGCCUGUCUCCAGCUCCUGGUCCAGUUGGGAGGUGACAUAAUGCUCCAGGACCGAUGUCACCUCACUCCCGUCGACUAUGCCCAGAUCAACGGACAAGACCUUUGUUUCAACUACCUCAAUGAAGUCAUUGCUCAGCGACAAGCAGAGGAACGUACAGGAGUAGAAGAUGUGUUAAUCCGUAAGUUUGUCUGUCUGUCUGUCUGUCUUUCUCUGAUCUAUUGAUCCCCUCGCACCACACUGUCUGCUAACAUAACACUACAUAUAUACACAACACAUUGCAUCAAACCUCAUGCAUUAAUAGCUCGUGGUGUCCAUGUGUUUGAGUUAUAGGUUCGUAUGCUUGCACAGAUAUAAUAGCUUUCUUAAUAAGGUUAAUCCGCAGUGCUCGCUCCCAAUGUCACGCUGGUAGACUGAAAGAAUGGUGAUGAAUAUGUAUACACAUAAAGAAAGAAUGGUCGACACAGUUACGCAAUAUUAUGCCAGCCUCGGCUUGUGUUGUGUCUGUGUGUGUGUUGUCCAGAGGUGGAACUGAACCUGGCCGUAGACAAUGCCCAGACUCUGAACCACUGGAAGCAGCUCAACGACCUCUUCCCUCUCUCCCUCAACACCAGAGACCCCUCCCAGCUGGAGAGUAUCAUGUAUCGUCACUGCAUCGUCAUCAACAACAGAGACGUUGUUCGAGUACUCGGUCGAAUCUGCAAAGACAUCCCCAUCUCUCUCCACGGAGCCAGUCUCCUGCACGCCGCCUGUCGCUACGGCCGCACCGAACUCACUCAACUCCUGGUCGCCAAGAUGCCGGAGAUUCUAUUCAGCAUCACCAACGAAGCGUACAACCCUCUACACGUGGCGGUCGUCCAUCAGCAUCUGGAGAUAAUCAAGAUACUUGUCUCUUCGCAGUCCUCCUCCUCCCCCCAGACCCAGCGAGGGACUGACGCUGCAGCCAGUAGCGACAGAGAUGCUUCCUUCAGUACCAGUCUCCACCUCCAGCAGGCCAGGUUUGGAGAGCCCACCAUGUCGGGCCACACAGUCCUCCAUCUCGCCGUGGCCCUCAACAACACUGACAUCAUGAAGGUCCUCGUACGGCACCACCGCAGACUCAAACUGAGCUGCGAGGCGGCCAAAUGUGGCUACACAGCGCUCCACCUCGCCGUCUUCCUCAACCACACGGAAUGCGCCCGCGUCCUACUCAAGUCGGGGGCUAACCCCAACGCCUCGCUCUCGCCUACCACGACGGGAGAACUCACCCACAUUUCCCGCUCCAUUCUGAGUGAGGCAGUCAUCAACAAGAACCUGGGGCUGCUGCAGACCCUCAUCGACUAUGGCGGGGAGGACAGAGCUCACAGCGCUAUCAAAAUCUGCAUCCCGUCGGCCGAGCAUCGUCGAUUCAUCAUCCCUCUCCUGGGUAGCCUGAUUAGACUAGACGACGGGGUCAAACUCAACAAACAAGCUGGGAGGAAGGUCAAGACUGGAGUCGCCGAAUGGGCCAACCUGCAGAUGGCUGAAAUCGACCCCGCCUGGGUGGGUCACGCAAUCCGCUGCUCAAAAUUCCUCAAGAUGCAGAAGAUAGAGUCGGGGGCUUUGAGUCAGCACCUCACCACAAUCAAUCUGAGUGGUAACUCGCUAACCUGGCUUCCACCUGGCCUCUUCCAGCUCGGCGGGCUCCAGGUUCUGAACGCCUCCUCUAAUAACAUCACCGGUCUCCCCGAUCUCCAACAGAUGUACAACUCUGAGAGAGACACGUACGAGUGGUCAUGUCGGAGCCUGGCGAGAAUCAACCUCUCCAAAAACCAGCUCACGGAGCUGCCGCAUUUCCUGUUCAAGAUCCCCAGUCUCAGUCACCUUGACGUUAGCCACAACCAGCUGGUCUCCCUGCCCUUUGACCUCUGGAGUGCGCCAAAACUCUACCAGAUGGUAGGUUCGUUCAACAAACUGGAGUAUUUACCCACGAACUGGCCCGGAGUACUGAGUACUCACCGCGUUGUAGAGCCUGAGCUUACUCCAGAGGAGCAGGGUGAGGGGCGGGAGAGGGGUAAGAGAGGGAAAGGAGGGAAGAGGAGGGUUGUACGGAGCGGCCCGAAAGGACAGCGACAGUCGGCCAUGGAGAGUGACUCGGAGGUUCAGCCCAUCACUAGACUCCAAGACUGCCUCAAUAUCAGCAACAGUACUCUUCCCAUAGAGUGGGGCAGUGGGGAGGGACGGGAGGAGGUGUACGAGGGGCUCGGGAUGCUCAAUCUCUCCAACAACCUCAUCCGAGAGAUUCCCGAGAAUUUCCCCUGCCUCUGUCCGAAACUGAUCCGUCUCGACCUUUCCCACAACCAGAUCCGUUUCGUCUCGUUCCCGUACCAGCUCCCGCCCAACCUGAAACACGUCUCCCUGUCCUACAACCUCCUGGAGACACUCAACUGCACCUCUUUCUCCCCCAAACCACUCCCCUGUACUAACCCUCCAUUUCUGGCCGACAACCCCACCAUAUAUCGCGAUAACGUAUCGUUCUGCUCACAUCGCCAGCACUACCAGCUCACCCGACUUAGCAACAUGGAGAUGACCAACUGCCAGCUACGAGAGGUGAACCUCCGAGUUGCCGCCGACACCCGUCGACGCAAAGACGCGGACGACUCCGCCCAGCAGGGGUCCUCGUCGGGGGUCAAAGUCCAAAACCCCGAAGGUCUAGUGUGUCCUCUACUAACGCGACUUCUCCUGUCGCACAACCUGUUGAGUUGUGUCCCGGACAGCGUGUGUGAUAUGGUGUCACUCAACAGUCUGGACCUGAGUCAUAACGACAUCAUCGAGUUACCCCCGCGGCUAGGGAGGCUGUCCAACCUGUGGGAGUUUCCUCUGGACGGACUGAAGCUCAUCUCUCCUCCCCACAACAUUAUCGAGAGAGGCAAGACCAGGGACAUCAUCGGGUUCCUCUGGUCCCUUCUGCAGAGAGCGAGGCCGUACCACAGGAUGAAGCUGAUGUUGGUGGGGAAGGCAGCCCGAGGGAAGACCACUCUUCUCAGCAGGAUCUCGGAGAAAGGCCAGAGAGGUCUCCAGGAUAACUGGGCCCUCAUCAGGAUGGUGGGGGCAGAGAGGCUGAAGGGGAACCUCUCCACGGUGGGUAUUGUGGUCAGCGACUGGACCUACUACAAGAGAGUGCGCGAGAGCCAGACCAACCUCCGCAGCAUCACCUUCAUGACCUGGGACUUUGGGGGCCAGGAGGAGUACUACGCCACCCACCAGUGUUUCAUCUCACGGAGAUCUCUCUACCUGGUCGUCUGGAACGUCACUCACGGCAUGGCUGGCGCCGAGGAACUUCGACCAUGGCUGCUCAACAUUCAGGCACGUGCGCCAAACUCCCCAGUGAUCAUUGUCGCCACUCAUUAUGACAAGCUGAGUUUCCGUCAGGCAAAGGAGGAAUGUCGGGAAUGUCAGGACUACAUUGCACGAGUGUAUGGUACUGCAGACAGACAACGAGAGGGAUUUCCCCAGAUUAUGAGGAGCAUGAUUGUCAGCUGUAAAAGUGGGCGGGGCAUCAAUGAGCUACGUGAUGCCCUCUUCGAUGUCGCCAGUCAAGUCAAGGAGAACACAGUUGCCGGGCGUGGCAUAGGGUGUGGUCGUAUCCCUGACUACCGGUUGUUAAUGGACCAGCUGGUACCGGCCUCAUACCUUCAGCUGGAGGACACCAUACGGAACCUGGCCAUUCAGAUGAAACAUCUCAACAAGCCACCCGUCCUCUCAUACAAGGAACUUAGG